UCUGAGAGGUGUGUCUCAACGGUCGUUGAACGCAACCGACGACGCUUGUAAAGUGAAACUAGGAGCAAAAAGGCCACAAAGUCCAAACUUUCUCCGAAGAGCAGCAGGUGACGCAAAUUAUGGCGACGAUUCGCAGGCAGAUUACAUACACGGAAAAAGUUCCGGUGAGACAGGGAAUAUACAGCCAAGCAGUACUGGUGGACAGGACCUUGUACAUCUCUGGUCAGCUGGGCAUGGACGUGGCCUCUGGUGGGCUGGUCCAGGGAGGAGUGCAGGCUCAGGCCAAACAGGCUCUGGUCAACAUGGGGGAGAUCCUGAAAGCUUCAGGCUGCAACUACACUAACGUGGUGAAGACGACCGUCCUGCUGGCGGACAUUAAUGACUUUAACUGCGUCAAUGAAGUGUACAAGACAUUUUUCAGCAGCAACUUCCCUGCCAGAGCUGCCUACCAAGUGGCGGCACUCCCCCGUGGUGGUCUGGUGGAGAUCGAGGCGGUGGCGGUUGUCGGUCCUAUCGCCGACUCUUGACUAGGCGGCCAUCUUGCCAACAAGUUAUAGCACCACGUUUUUUUUUUUCC